UUUAGGGUGAGAGUUGGUAACAGUGUUAGUCCCAGCUGUGUUGACCAAGAUGGGAGGUGGAGGAGAUGACUCACACAAUACCUUUAUUUCCUUCAUCCAAGCUGUCAGCAAUACCCUAGAUGCUCCCGUCACGUGGUUUAGGGAGUCCGUCGUCACCAAGAACCGGCCUCAGUACCCAUGGUAUCACCGCCAGUUCCGCCGCGUUCCCACCAUAGACGAAUGUUACACCGACGACGUAGUUUGUUUCAUCGAGGCUAACGAGCAGUUCAAGAGGGACAGGAUGGUUGACAAUGAAGUGCUGAACAUCCUGCGCCAACGACAAGAGGACUGCAUACUGUACGAGGCGACAGACCACAAGGAGAAGUGUGCUGGGUUAAUGGAGGUGUAUGACAAGGCUGCUGAGAAUUGGUUCAUCAAAUACGGUGACUUAGGUGUGUACGGGACCGUGGUCGACGCGUACAUGAAACAGAAACACCGGAUGAUAUGGGAGCGUCGCCACGGACCGGUCGGCUCUGGCAUGAAGGACUCACUGGCUUGAGACGCCCCCGUGUAGAUUGAUCAAACUGUCGGUAAUUAGUCUCUAACGAUUCAUAUCUUUUGUUGGUAUAUGUAAAAAAAAAGGAAUCCAGGUAAUUUAAAUUAUGGGUCUUUUAAAUUGUUACUGUUGGUAAGAAACUGUAGUUAUUGAUAGUUAUUGAUGAUUUACUCUAAGAGGAUGUUUGGGGCUUUCGUGAUGUAAAUUGUUAAAGUCAAGUUUUGAUGCCAAUGUUGUACAUAAAUAAUUUUAUUUA